AUGGCCUCGCAUUCGGCGAGCGGGGCGAGUGGGGUGGAGUUUCAGGAAGACUUUUGGAUGCUACACCGGCGCUUGGGGGAGCAACAUGAGUUGGAACUGAAGGAGCUACAAGCCAAGGUUGACAGCCUCCCAGCACCCCCUCCGCUGCCGAACUCGAACGGCCCGCAGCUCCCAGAGGGUGAUCUUCACCUCUUGGAACCGGAGGAGACGAACCGGAAGGACAGGGAGAGCACUCUGGUCAGCCAGCAAAGCGUUCCCUCACUUUCCUUGGACCACAAGGUACGACAUCGAUGGCUCUCGGAGGAUGAAGCACCACAGGUAGCACGGACGCAAACGCGCAGGCCCAGCUUGAAAUUGCCCGACUGGAGCGCGAAAGCACAAUCAAUAUGGCUCUCAGAUGAGCGGACCGAAGCAUCAUGGGUCUUUGUAAACGUCUUCCGGCGGAUUCAGCACCCAGGCAGCCUGUUGCGCAUUUGGUGGGGCUCUUUGGGCAUGAUGCUCUUGGGCUAUGAUGUGAUCUUCCUCCCCUUGCGCUUCUUCCCCACUUUCGUCGAAACGUCCACCAUGUUGGCCUUCUUUUGGACUGCCAGGCUCUACUGGACUCUGGAUCUUUUCCUGGGAUUCAUCACUGGCUUCUAUGACGCGGGUUCAUUGGAACUGGAGCUGCGGCGGACGAUCCGGAACUACCUGACGGGUUGGUUCACCUUUGAUGUGGCGGUGGUUUGCGUGGACUGGACAUCGGAGUUUCUGGACAACAAUGGCAUUGAUGACCUGCCGCGCCUGUCCCGGACGAUGCGCUUGGGAAAGAUUGUGAGGCUUUUGCGUCUCAGCCGAAUGCUAAAGCUGGGCACGUUGUCCGAGUCCAUGAUGGAUCAGCUGAGCAUGCAGGGCUCCCUGCACGCAGGAAUUCUUCGGAUCGUGAUUUGGCUCUUGCUCAUGAGCCAUGUGGUGGCGUGCUUUUGGUUCGGCAUCGCGGAGCUUGAAGGAGGGCCAAGCUGGGUGAGUGUCAAUCAGAUGGAAGACAAAUCGCUGCUGUUUCAGUAUGCCACAUGCUUGCAUUGGGCGGUAGCCCAGUUGGGUGUGGGCCAGACCGAGCUGGAAGCCGUGGGCCUUUUCGAGAAGCUCUUCUCCAUUGGAGCCGCUAGGAGUUGCAGAGGAGAGGAGAAGGUGCUCUAUGACCUCCUUGCUGGCAAAUAUCUCACGGAUGAGAAGCGCAGAGGUGCACAAGUUCAAGAUGCUGCGCCGGACCACGACCUUUCACAUCGCAUCACGCGCUUCUUGCAACACCGGUAUGCAGUCCAAAAGAACGUGCAAGCGGUUGAUGCGACGCCCGACAUCUUGGAGUUGUUGUCGAAGUCCUUGAAAGGUGAGCUGCAGGUGCAACGGUACAAGGAGAGUCGAAUGAAUCGGUCAAAGCGUUGGACCAGCUCAGCUCUGGAUGCUGAGUGCCUGAAGGAGUGGGAUCUGACGAAAGAGCUGCACGACUGUGGCUUCCCGGGGAUCUUCGAGGUCCGCUCCGUGGCCUUGCACGGCCUCAAGCCGCCGGAGAUGCACGCGGUCGGCGAUGUGAUUUUCGCCGCGGGGUCACUGGCAACCACAUUCUUCUUCUUGGCCAAAGGGGGCUUUGCAUAUUCUCAAUUUUCAGAGAGGAAUCCACUGUGUUGCACCUGGGUGGCCGAAAUGUGCCUUUGGACCAAAUGGACCUACGCUGGGGAUUUGGUUUCGAAGGAGACCUCUCGCGUCAUCUCGGUGGAUGUGGAUGCGGUGUCCGACUACUUGGGCCAGGUCAACGAGACGCGGUCGAUCACCUCAGCCUAUGCGAGGCGUUGUGUGGAUGAGAUCAACCGUGUUGGUGCGGUGUCCGACUUGUGGGAAGACUAUGAAGCGGAAGAGGAUGAGGCAGGGCCUGGCAGGGCCUGGGCUGGCAACCUGAAUUUUUCCGUUCUUCUUUUUUAA